AUGACGAUGACGGUGACGAUGGAUGAUGCAGAAGAUACACAUACCUUUCCCAGUUUUAUAUCCUGCACUCCGCUGGGGCUCCCAAAGCCUCAGGACAACAGAGGUGACCCUCGGCUUGCCGCCAACCACUCAGAAUUGUCCGUUCAUUCCUUCCCAUGCGCGUCAAGUGCCCAAGUGCCUUUCUUCGGCCAUUUCAUUGACAACAGCCACCAAUCCCAAGUUCCCAACGCACAUAUCGGCAUGGGCGGGGGCCGGCCCCUUAUCACUUGCAUUAAUUAUCGAUGCCAUACUUCAUGGUAUCUUCAGCUGUUGCUCCACUCAGCGCCAGGGCCACUCAGCAACAUGAAAAGGGGCCAAAAGGGGGUCAAGGGGAGAGGGUCCCGAUAA